AUGGGUUCGAUAUUCGUCAUACUAGGCACCACUGAAAAGCCAGCAUCUGUCAAGACACAGCUAUUGCUGAAUCUCAUCGAACUGGGGAUAGCGCUGGUUUUUCAGACAAUGUCAUCGCACCUGGAUGAGUAUCUACCCAAGAGUGUAAGCAGACUCUGGUCGGGGAAUCACCUCAAUGUCGCACUGCCUUUGUGGCAAGACUUCACAGAGGACCAAGCUGCAAGCGAGGCAGUUGGUGGGCGAAUAUCCUUCCAGCAGUAUUUAUUUUCCGACGACCCGAAAAUUCGUCAAUGGGCAGAAAAUGCAGAGAGAUGCGUUUAA